AUGGAGUGCCUCAAGAACAAUUUUGUUGAAGGCCAGCUGUUGGACGGACGGUUCCGCACCGUCGCCCCCUUGAACCAUGGAUCUUUUGGCAUGGUCUUCCUGGCAAAGGACUUGAAGACUGGUCAGGAUGUUGCCAUCAAGUGCAUGACGAAGUCCUCCUCGGGUGACCCGUUGAACCCCUCCCCAUAUGAUGCCCGCGCCGAGGAGCUGGAAUGCCACAGACGUCUCAGGUUUCAUCCCAACAUCGUCAAUCUCAUUCAUUCCUUCGAGACGGAUGCCCACAUGUAUCUCGUUUUGGAGUAUUGCUCGAAUGGUGACCUGUACGAAGCAAUCCGGCUCAACCGUGGUCCUUUGGAAACCGAACACGUGCGCGACUUCAUGUUGCAACUUGUGAGCGCGGUUGAGUUUAUGCACGCGAACGGCUUGUAUCACCGUGACAUCAAGCCUGAGAACAUCUUCUUGAUGCAGGAUGGUUCCAUGAAGCUCGGUGACUUCGGUUUGGCGACUCGGGAGGCUUGGUCCCACGAGGCCUGCGUUGGCAGUGAUCGAUACAUGGCUCCCGAGCAGUACGAUCCCUCCACCGUCGGCUAUUCCCCCGCCAAAGCCGACAUCUGGGCGAUUGGAAUCUGUCUGCUCAAUGUUCUCUUCGCACGGAAUCCCUUCGCCACGCCGACGGAAUCCGACAUCCUCUACGCAGACUACGUUCGGGACCGCCAAUCGUUGUUCGACAUCUUCCCCAACAUGUCUCAGGAUACCUUCGAAAUCCUGAGGACUGCCCUUGCCAUUGACCCCACGAAGCGUUCCCUUUCUGGCAUUCGCGAAGCUAUCUUGCGUGCUGUCACGUUCACCACAGAUGAUGACGCGCUGGACGAGUUCUGCACGGACGACCGCGAGGUGGUUGCCGCCAGUGCCAACCGGGAGCCGCUUCGGACCCCUUCCAUCCAGAGCCCUCACAUCAACCAGGGCGACUCUUUCCCUUGGGCCAAAGCUCUCCAAGCCAGCCCUCCCCAGACCUUCCGCCAACUCUCCGCCAUUCCCGACAACGAGAGCUACACCGAAGACCUUUUCCCUCCCUCGGAAAUCGCUGGCACUUCGUGGUUCUCUGUCCACCAGGGGACCCCAUCCAUGGCUUCCGUUCUGGAGUCCGCUAUGGGCGAAUCUUUCCGGUCUCCUCCGUUCCGCAAGAACGAGGUUCGAUUCCCACCUCCCUCCGAUCCCGUUCCUAUCACCGGCUCUUUGCCAAGCAAUGCUACCAAGCCCCUGCCUUCUCUUUCCAUGGUCUUUGGCAAGAAGAAGGAGGAGCAGAUCUCCAAGAGCUGGAGCGAUCUUUGGGAUGAGGAGGAGGAAUCUGAAGCCGAGGACUUGGCUUACCAGCAGCGCCGCGAGCAGAACUCACGCAGCUGGAGUCAUGAAAGCAGCACGCCUGAGCUUCGUGGCUCCCUCACCGGCCUGCACGAAGUCGUUAGCAAUUCCCUACUCAACGUCCGCGCCCAACAGAUGGAGACUCCUCACGAAGACUCCGAGAAGUUUGUUUCCAAGUCGUGGGAUCCGAGGGCGGGAAUCACUGCUAUCAAAACCCCACCUCAGUCCCCCGACAGCUCCCCGCAGAAGUCAAGCGUCGACAAAUGGUCGGCCCUUGGUGAUCGUCGGAGGAACUUCAAGUCCCCGGAAACCUCUUCCGGAAAGAAGUUUUCAAGCAAUAUGAGUUGGAGGAAGGAUUGGGGCUUAGGGUCCUCUGGCUUUGACUAUGGUUCAUGGGCCAAGAAAGAGACGUUCUCUCCUCCGGAUCGGGAGCGGCGGCGUCGUCCCUUCCAGGAGAAGGGGCGGCGUCGCGACGCCUGGGAGUCUCCCAAAGCCGCCCAUACCAAGGCCGCGAACCACUACGAUGGCAGCGUCGACGAAGAUCUCGAUCUUGUCGGCGGCUGGCACGACCUUCAUCUGUAA